AUGUCGGCGCCAACAAAAUUGAAGAUUUCAUUCGGCAAGAAGCCUGAGCCCACGCCACCCGCCCAAGAGUCACCCGCGCCUCAGAAGAAACUCACAUUGAAAUUCGGAGGACCUAAGCCCUCAGAAGAACCACCUGCUACCGAGAAGCUAGCGAAGCCAAAGAAGAAGAAAGCAGCUCCCAAGCCCAAGGGAGAGUCAGCAGCAUCAAAGAAACGACGCGCCAAUGUGCCCGCCGGCGAUGAUUCGGAUACGGCUCCAGCAGUCGAGGCCCCGUCGGGUCCCAAGCGCAUCAAGUUGCUGAAUUCUGCAAAGCAAAGUGGCGUCAAAUCGAUCCGCAUAAAGAGCAAGCCGCGGUUCCAGGCCCGGCCUAUGGGUGUCGGAUAUGACUCGGAAGCCUCUGACAUGGAAACGGAUCCUCACAUUGAGGAAGACUUUAUUCUACGAAUGAUGCCCGGCGAGGACUGCGAGUACAUCCGGCAGGCCAUUAACGAGCGACGCCUCGACACAUCUCAGAUCGGUAUCAAGCCGCUUACUCGAGAGGGUCGACGUACGGUUUUGAGGAUUCGCGACAAACAAUAUGCUGCGACAUUGGUUGACCUUCCUUGUAUCGUGGAGGGAAUGAAGAGCUGGGACAAACGCAUGUUUUACAAAGCCGGCGAUAUCACGCAGAUGCUGCUUGUCCUGGGUCAAGUUCAAAAUGACGAAGAGGCGAUGCGAUAUCCAUUGCCCAGUGACGUCAAUGUGUUGGACGAUAAGACUUACCAAUAUGCGCAUGGCCUGACACCGCCGUUGAAACAUGUACGGAAGCGUCGAUUUCGCCAGCGUGUCAGCGCUCGCACCAUCGAACAAGCAGAAAAAGAAGUCGCAGAUCUUAUUGCACAAGACGAAGCUGCGAUCCGUGCGCCCAAAUUCGAACUCGUCGAUGCGACAUCCAUGACCCGUGCCGAAGGCAUGGUCGAUUACGAGGAAGAUUACGAUGACAUGCAGGAUGCGGAUGGGGAAGCAGAGUACGAGCUGCAGGACGAGGACGACGCCCAAGCGGAUCUGUUCGAGGACGAACUUGCCGCAGACCUGGAGGCUGCCCUGGCGGCAGGCCUCGAAGAGGAACCAGGUACAGCCGAAACACCAGCAGCGGCUGGGCCGGAGCAAUCUGCAACACCGUCGGCAGCGAAAGCUGGCAAUGAGUCAUCGGGCGACGAGAGCGAGGCAAGUGAGCGCGAGGAGAGCGGUGGUCCAGAAGACGUAGGAGAUUUUGACGACGAAGCCGUUGAACGGCACCGCGAGGUUCAGGAACAGCGUGAGAUGAUCACUGAACUUGAGGGGCUGAUUGCCCAGGAAACUGCCAAGUACGAGAUGCAGGCGAACAAGAUCUUGAAGCAAAAGAUUGGCAAGCGCGUGCAGCAGCUGAAGCAAGACUUGGCAUUGAAGAAGGCUUCUAUUGGGGAGACGCAGGCGGACGACGACUCGUGA